UUAGAUUAAAAUAUAACUCUUUGGGAUCAAUUUCUUUUCAUGAAACGGCAGUUCUCACAAUGUUUACUAUAUUAUUGAUGUUAUGGUUUUUCAGAGAUCCUGACUUUUUUAAAGGUUGGGCGCCAGCGCUUUAUCCCAAAUCGUCUAACUAUAUAAGCGAUGCUACCGCUGCUAUGUUGAUAGUGUGUCUAAUGUUUCUCAUACCGGCUAAUCCUCGAGAUUUGGUGAAUUCACCGCCACUGAUGACCUGGAAAGCCGUUCAGAGGAAGGUGCCCUGGGGGGUCUUCCUAUUAAUGGGCGGUGCAUUAGCCAUGUCAUCUGGAAUUAAGAAAUCAGGAUUGUCCGAAAUAAUAAGCACCCACCUACGAAACAAUUUGAAAAAUUUGUCACCAAUUAUACUGCAAAUAAUUGUUUCAAUAAUAUGCAUGUUUUUCACCGAAGUGUCCAAUAAUGCGGCCACAAGUUCUAUAUUUUUGCCGAUUGUUAAACAAUUAGCCGAAUCGUUGGGUUUGAGUCCAUUGAAGUUUAUGCUUCCCGUGACUGUUGUCUCGUCGUUUGCAUUCAUGUUUCCGGCCGGUUCUCCCAGUAAUGCCAUUGUCUAUGAAGCGGCUAAUCUAAAAGUUUAUGAAAUGGCAAUUCCCGGUGUGUUUUGCAAGUUUAUAUGUCUCAGUAUUGUUAUAUUGUCAAGUAAUACAUGGGCUCAUGUAGUCUAUAAUAUGGUUGAUAUAGAUAUUCAUUCAAUGAACAAUACAGUUAAAACUAUAUAUGAACUUAAUUUACACGGUUAA